GAUGUCGCCAUAACAACAACAAGCGAGUUACAUUUCCGGUGCCGGUUAUGAAUAUGAGGGCUAGCGUAUAGCUGAGGUGACAAAAAACAUUGAGAGAAGUGUCAGCUAUAAAUUUAGUGACCAUUCAGCAAAAUGAGUGAAGCCACUUCUUACAGAUUCGAAAAUAACAUUGAGAACAAAAGUUUACAGAGAGCUCUGCAUCGACAGAAAGAACGGAUAAAGUAUGAUGAGCUUAUGGCUGCAAGAGAAGGUGUGGUGAAGAAUGAACUUCUUAUCAACCAGAAAGCUGAAUGGACCGAAAAGCUGGAAGAAGCAAGUGCACAUAGAAGGUUGAGAAGUGAGAAAGCUGCUGUAAAAAGCGAGAUUACAAUUGCUGGGAAAACCCUAAUUUCGGUGCGAAGAGCAGCUCUUCGUCAGCUCUUAGAUCAGGAGUAUGCCCAAUAUGAAGAGGAACUUAGGGCACAAGGAAACGCUUUCUACUUCAAACGUGAUUGAACAGGAUGCUGUGGAAAUUAAUAAAAGCAACUGAAUUCCAAUGACAAUGAUGUAAUGACUUAAGGUUGGCUUGCAGCGAAGCAGAAGUCUGACUUUAGUAUUCCUAGCAUUAAUGCUGAACUUCAAAUGAAAUUAUUUUACUUCUUGGAACUUUCGUAUUAAAUGUUACAACGCAAGUUGUUAAUAAAUCGCGUCAUAGUCGGAUCGUGUUAUGUGCUCCGGGCUUAAGUCAUUUUGAUGAACCUCCUAAGAUAUCAGCAACAUCAAUAUCUCCUUUUUUUUUUUAAUUUAAAUAUAUUUCACAAAUUAUCUUUUCUCGCUUUAAAAUGAGAGUUAGCUUAUUGAAACCUCUUACUAACAUUUUGCAAGUGCUUCUGGUUGUAUUCUAUAAACUUCUUCAAGUUAAACACAUGCUUUUCAAUUAGAAACCAUCAAUCCAAAUAGCAACUUGGUCUUAGUGAAAAAAAUUGGAAUUCUCUGAGUAAAACCAAAAAAAUCGGUCUAUUAUUAUGAAUUCUUGCUUUCUAACAAUGAAGUGAUUCAAAUGGAAAAAUAAAUUACUUUCUUCGUCUACUAAUGGUGGAGGCAUGUAUUCUGAUCCUGCAAUUGAGAAUCCAUCUUAGUUUGAUGUGGUAAGAAUGAUCUCUGCAAAUGAACUUUCAUUUCAGUUGACAUUUUGUAGACACAUACAGUGGUGCUCAAAAGUUAGUGAACCCCACCAGAAGAUGAACAUAUUCAAAGUGUUCAAAUUCUGCUAUUUUUUAGAUAUUUAUUUGUGAAGUCAGGUGAUAAAAUAUUACAUUAAAAAACUUUGUUUCUUGCGGCUCGCCGAACAUUGUAGUCUAUAUUCAACACUCGGCAUGAAGGAGUGCAUUUUGUGAUAUGGGGUUCACUAACUUUUGAGCACAACUGUAUGUCACAUUUGAUAACAGCAUACUACAUAUAAUUGUGCAAUAUCAGUUCACAUGACCUGUGUUGUAUCCUUGGACUGUACUUAUGAAUUAUGCACAGACGGUACUAAUUUUAUUCACUCCGGCCACCACAGUAUAAUUUUGUUUCUGGCCCAUGCAACCCAGAAUUUUAUGGUUUGUAGUGUCCUUGCGGGGCCAGGGAUGGUAUAUUACUAUAGUGCCUUGCACAGUACAUGAGCUUACAAAUUAUUGUCAUUGAACUUCAGACUAAAAUAAAACUUAAAAAAAAAAAAGGUAGGCUAUGUGGUGCCAAAGGAGACAAAAAUUGUACAAUCCAAGUUAUUUACCCUGACGAGCCUGAGCGCUGUAGAAUUUUAGGGGUCCAAAAUGUAACUUAAGCUUACAUACCCAACAUAUGACAUGAACUGUUCCAUGUAUUUGACACUGUUCAUAUCAGCAAAUAUUUUAGCAGCAGCUUGUUUUCAAGACUAUGAGCCCAGAAAAAGGAGGGGUAGAAGAAGCCCCCAAGCCAGCCCCCCCCCCCGAAACCAGUGCUCGAUAGCAUAUUAAGACCAUUUUGUCAGCCAAUAAUGUUCAAACAUGACUGCUUGUUAAAUGACAAAUGUUGAUGAAACACCUGUAUAUAUGUGUAUAUAUAUAUAAGUGACAUACAUGUGCAUUGUGAAAAAUACAUUAAUCUGUCUGAAAUUGUAAUUAAAGCAUUUAUUUAUCCAUAAUGAACACUUGGACUUUUAUCAUAUUUUGAAGUUUAUAGAUUGUAAUAGGAAAAUGAGUUGAUUUACAUUUGUGUAUAUAUAUUUUCUACUAAAAUUGUUAUUGAUGUUUGAUAUGUUUGUAGGCCUGAGGAAGGCCAGCAUAGUUGAAAGCUCGCAUGAAUAAAUUAAACUGAAGAGAAUA